UCAGUCUAUUUAUUCUGAAGAUUUUGAUAUAAUGAUGUUGCGGCUGGUGUUGUUACUCUCCCGACCAUGAUCUGACUGAAGCUAUUCUUAUUUACCGCAUCAAUAUUUCAAUCUCGACUAAAUUUGUUACAGAAAGACACUAUGGAACAAUUUUUAACAGCAUUUAUUCUGACACUGUUGUUUAUUCACAACUCCGCCGUGUGUCCUAAACCUAAAUACAUUGCACCUUAUUAUCUUUAUAAGACAAGCUGUUGUCAGGAGGAUUUGGAUGUCUUCAAGCCUUUUCCUAAUGGAAAGUACCCAGAAACGCCAGAGAUUCUUGAACUAACAGAUUUCCUGCAAAAUGAAAGAAUAGGAAUAAAAGCUGUGUGGAAUGCAAAUUUAACCCAUUUAAAAGGAUUUAAAAUUGAAUAUGAGUAUAAAGAUUCUGGUAUAAAAAUCUGUAGAAUUUUGGACUUUUCUGAAUUUCUGAAGAACAAAUCCAUUAGUAAUCAUAACUUUGAAUUUGAAAUACAUCCUGUAAGAAAAAAUAAAGAAAUUUUGGUUCAUCUUUAUCCGUUGCCGCAAUCUGAAAACAAUUAUCCUCCUGCUCAGGAAGUUGAUACACUCAUGUGUCGUGAAUGGACAACUUUAAUAGAUCAUAGACUAAAAGAGGACAAGUUAAUUGUGGAUUUUGAACAAGGACCUUCAAAGUGUAACAUAAAAAUGUAUGAUAUAAGGCUUUAUGAUGGACAGUUACAAAUUAUAAAGGCGGUGACUGUCAAUUCUUCCAAGAUGACCACAAGAUUAACCCAUGAAUUUCAUGGAAUAAGUCCUGGAAACUACUCCAUAACUGUUGAAAUAUUUGAUGAACAUCCCUUCAGCAACUGUAUUUGUGUAAACAGGAAGCAACAGUGUGGUGAAGGAUGUUAUCGGUCUAUAUCUAAAGAGUUUACGAUUUUUGGUUCAUCAUCUACAGUGCCAUCACCAACAAAUGUGACUACAGCUAAGAUGAGUUUUACAACAACAGAAACUAACAGCCCUUUUAAAUUCACCGUAUUCCUUGCUAUUAUUGGUGUUGUGAUCAGUCUGCUACUUUUGGUUCUUAGUUUUUACUGUUACAAACGGUCAUUCCAAGAGAAAAGAGAGUUAUUUCAUAUUAAAGACCCUUCUUACCACAAAAGUCUGAAUUUAUAAUUCUUGUUUACUCCAAAGCUCUUCACAAAAGAAUUUAGGCUUGGAAAAACAACCAAGAUUACAUAUUACAUAAUUUUUUUUAAAAGAGGAUAACUCAGCACUUUUGACAGCUUCCUUUUCCGGAGAACUUAAAGCAAGCAAUAAACUUAUAAUUUCUAAUGAUAUAUAUAAAGUUAGUUGAGUCAGAGGUUAAAAUAACCAUCUAAGGGAUAGAAGUAUCCAUUACACUACUGGUAUAUUACCUAUGUUUAACCAUGGGCAUACAUAUGCAAACAUAUU